AUGGCAGCACCACGAACCUGGCCCUCGCGAGAAGGGUUUACUGCUGAUGUGCUCGGGAAGGUGCUCCAGAAUACACUUCUCACACCCUGGACGACAACCCCCCUGGUCCUUCUGGCACGGUAUACUGCGGAAGGCACGCAGCUUGCCGAACAGCAUCCGCGACUGUUCUGGUUCCUACAGGCCCUCGCCUCACUUGCCGUUCUCCGCCGGCUCAACGCUUGGCUAAACACUCGCGCACUGAACAAUGGCGUCUCCGAUCGGUUCCACUGGCACCGUGAGGUGGUCGUCCUGACAGGCGGCAGCAACGGAAUCGGCCGCCAGGUCGCUGAGCUGCUCGGCGCGCGCGGCAUCAAGGUCGCGAUUCUGGACAUCCAGCCGCCAGAGUCGCAGCCGCUCGCGCCCACCGUCCGCUUCUACGAAUGCGACAUUAGCUCCCCAUCCGCCAUCGCAGCCGCCGCGGCAGAUAUCCGCUCCAGCCUCGGCGAGCCGACCAUCCUCAUCAACAACGCCGGUAUCUGCAGCGGCAAGACCAUCCUCGGCUCCACCGAAGCGCAGACCCGGCUGCACUUCGAGGUCAACACGCUCGCCCACUACUGGCUCGCGCGCGAAUUCCUGCCGGCGAUGGUCACCCGCAACCACGGCAUGGUGGUCACAGUCGCGUCGCAGGCGGGCUACGUCACCACGCCAAACCUGGUGGACUACGCCGCGACCAAGUCCGCGGCCAUCUCGUUCCACGAGGGCCUCGCGGCGGAACUGGUGGCGCGGUACCGUGCUCCGUGUGUGCGGACGGUGCUCCUCACGCCGGGAUCUACGCGGACCACGCUCAUCGGCCGUCUCACGCCGGAGGAUACGUGGUUUAACCCGCUGCUGCGGCCGGAGACGGUGGCGGAGGCGCUGGUUGCGCAGAUCCUGUCGGGGAGUAGUGGGCAUGUGCUUGUGCCGGGGUCGACGGGGUGCUUUGCGCGAGUUCUGAGGGGGUUUCCGCCGUGGAUGCAGCAUUUGCUGCGGGUGAGGUUGGAGCGGUUGAUGAGGGCUGAUUAG